GCAGCUGCAGAUUGAUAGCCCUGCCAAUUGAACUUUGUUAUUGAUCAUUUGUGGGUGGUGAUGGACUCGCUGAUCGACUGAUAACCAUAAAUAGCCAUAAAAUAACACGUCACGCCACCCCACGCCUCUCCCAAACACCCACACUCGCACACGUGGCCCAGCUGAGCACAUAUAUGCAUGCACGUACGCACACAUGCACACGCUCGGGCGCAAGAACUCUUUUGUUGUACUCUAUGUAAAGUGGACGAUCGAAAAAAUCAAAAUGGGUUCCCUGGAGAAGCUGAAACAAUUGAGACUGAUACACCUGUGCAUCGCGCUCACCUUCUUCACCAGCGGGCUGUGCAUCAACUUUAUCCAGCUGCUGAUGCACAUCUUUAUUAAGCCCAUAGACAAGCGACUCUUCCGCAAGCUAAUGUACUAUGCCUGCUAUUCGCUGUACUCCCAACUGAUCUUCGUGUCCGAUUGGUACGCCGGCAGCAAGAUGACUGUCUACAUGGAUAAGGAGGACUUCGAGAAGCAUGCCGGCAAGGAGCAUGUCCUCCUCAUUAUGAACCACAAGUACGAGAUCGAUUGGCUCAACGGCUGGAUGAUCUGCGAAAAGUUGGGCGUCCUGGGCAACUGCAAGGCCUAUGCCAAGAAGGCAAUCCGCUACGUGCCCAUCAUCGGCUGGGGCUGGUGGCUGGCCGAGUUCGUCUUCCUCAACCGCAACUUCGACCAGGACAAGACUAUUAUCACCGAGCAGCUCAAGGUGGUCUUCUCCUACCCCGAUCCCACCUGGCUUUUGCUCAACGCGGAGGGCACUCGAUUCACUCCCUCCAAGCACGAGGCUUCUGUGAAAUUCGCCCAGGAGAGGGGCAUGACGGUUCUGAAGCAUCACUUAAUCCCUCGCACCAAGGGAUUCACUGCCAGUUUGGCACCCAUCCGGGGUCUGUGUCCGGUCAUUUACGACAUUAACCUAGCGUACAGGCCCACAGAUAAGACCCCCGCCACAAUGCUGAGUCUGCUGCAUGGAAAGGGCGUGGAACCCCACCUGCUGAUGCGGCGUAUUCCACUUGAACAGGUUCCUGAGGACGAGAAGGAGGCGGCCGCCUGGCUGCAGAACCUGUUCGUGGAGAAGGACAAGAUCAUCGAUAGCUUCCUGGAGACCGGCAGCUUCUUCAAGACGUCCGGUGUGAAGGAGGUUCCGGCAUAUGUGAAUAAACGCCGGCUGUGUUCGCUUGUGAACUUUGUCUGUUGGGCGGUAUUCUCCCUGUCCUGCAUUUUCUACUACGUGAUCACUUCCCUGCUGGCGGCCAACUGGACGGCCUUCAUCACUGCUCUUUCCGUCCUGGGACUUUUUUACUGGCUUAUGGGUCAGGCCAUCAACAAGACGCAGAUCAGCAAGGCAUCUAAUUAUGGGUCCUCCAAGCCUCCAAGCGCAAAGUAACUUUCGAAUUCGCAUUUAGUUUCGAUUGUCGUCGAACUCAAUUAUCUACAAGUGACUUUGUAAAAAAAGUCCUCUCACAAAUCUCUCUGCUAAAUGGAUCAAUUCGCGAUUCCUCCCCGGACGAUUUCAAGUGUUUUUGAACAGAAGUGCAUGUUUUUCUUGUCUAAGUUUAUGGUUACGAGGUAACUCCCGCACACUGGAGCCAUCAAUUUGCGUACGUAGUUGGUAGUUGUACACCUAAGUGGAAAUUUAAUUGUUUGAUCAAUUGUAUUUUGGCGAGCAUUGCAAUAAUUAAAUUAAACAGAACGUGA